AUGAUGCAGAUAAGUUUUGAUGGACAAAAGGAUGGUAAACAUCAGGGGGCAACAGAUCAACAGAAGGCUGGAGGAUCAUCACCAAGAGGAGAGGUGGGAGAGAUUGACACAAAAAAGCCAUUUCAAUCCGUCAAAGCUGCGGUUAGUUUAUUUGGUGAAGUGGCUCUGAAGGGGAAACCUGCCGUCAGGAGAUCGAGGCUUUCUUCAGAGAAUGUGCUUGACAAGGAGACCCAACUUCUGUUGGCUCAGAGAGAAGUUGGCAAGUUCAAGAGGCAACUGGAGAAUGCGGAAACUACGAAAGCUCGCGUGAAUUCUGAACUUGAGAAGGCCAAGAGAACAUUGAAUGAUUUAACUACCAAGCUCAGAACUGUAGAGGAGUCCAAGAAAUCAGCAAUAGAAACUGCAGAAGCGGUGAAAGAGAAGGCUAAGAAACUUGAAGAAGCAAAAUCCCAACAACUUGUGGGAAAUGCUGCCCGGAAACGGGAAUUGGAUGAGGCAAGACAACAGUACAAGAUGGCUGCUCGUGAACUUGAUGCUGCGAAACAACAAAUCAACAAAAUCCGACAGGAUUUUGAUGCAGCGUUGGAGGCAAAAUCGUCUUCCUUCCAGCAGGCAGCAGAAGCUCAACGCUCAGCUAAUAUGAAUGCGGAAAGGGUUAGUGAGCUUUCAAAGGAAAUUGGAGCUAUGCGGGAAUCAGCACAACAACUGAAGAUUGCCUCUGCACAGAUUCAAGAACAACAGGCAAAGGUAGUGGCAGAAAAAGAUGCCCGCAUACAUUUUUGCAAGACUGCGACGGCAGAAGCAGAGAAGAAUUUGGAGAUUUUGAAGAAAGAAUAUGAUCCUGAGCUCACGAAGAAUCUUGAGGAGAAGCUUGCAGAAGCAUCUGCAGAGAUUGAACUUUUACAAGAAGAGAUGAAAAAGGCCCAUGCUGCAGAAAUGGAAAUAGUGAGAGUUUUAACCGCCGAGUUAGAUGAAGCGACGAAGGCACUGCAUGGUAUUUCCUCUGAAGAGAGUUCUCUUCGAAAUAUGGUGACUUCCCUCGGGAUGGAGUUGCAAAAUGUGAAGACAGAGAAAAUUGACUUGCUAGAGAAAGAAUAUGCCGCAAUAGAAAAGGAAACUGAAAAUGCUAGGCGAGAAGCAGAAGAGAUGAAGAAGAAUGCAGAAGAGCUGAAGGAAGAAACAAAAAAAGCCAGGUUACUGGCUCAAGAUGCUGAGGCAAAGCUAGAACUUGCUCUUAAAGAGGCUGAAGAAGCCAAAGCGGCAGAAAAGAAAGCCCGCGAAGAGAUGAAGACGUUAUCUGAAAGAAAGAGCGUCGAUAAUCAUGAUUCCGAUAACAAGAUCAAAAUUUCACUGGAAGAGUUGGAGAGUUUAGAAAAGAAAGUGGAGGAAUCAGGAAAUAUAGCAGAUACAAAAGUGGCUGACGCCAUGGCUCAGUUGGAAGCAAUGAAUGCAAGCAAGAAUGAAGCAGAAAAGAAAUUGCAGGCAAAUAUAAAAGCAAUUGAAGAAAUUAAAGAAGCAACUGACAUGGCUUUGAGGUCAGUAGAAAUGUCGGAGGCAGCACAAAAGACUCUCGAGGCUCAACUCCAAAGGUGGCGUGAAGAAGAGCGGACAAUGGUGGCAGCUUAA